GCAGCAUGGAGCGCCUGCUGGAGCUCGUGCUGCAGAAGGACCUGGGGAGCCGGCUCCAGGUGGGCCAGCAGGUCACGGAGCUGGUCCUGGACGAGGGCCAGACCCCCGACAUGGAGCAGGACCAGACCCUGCUGGACCGGAUGGUGGACGCGGUGGCCAGCUCCUGGGUCAACUCCAGCAACUACAAGGUGGUCCUGCUGGGGAUGGACAUCCUGUCCGCGCUGGUCAGCAGGCUGCAGGACAGAUUCAGGACGCAGGUGGGCACAGUCUUGCCGAGCCUCAUCGAUCGUCUGGGAGACUCCAAGGACCCGGUCCGGGACCAGGACCAGGCCCUGCUGCUGAAGGUCAUGGACCAGGCCGCCAACCCCCAGUUUGUGUGGGAUCGCAUGAUGGGAGGCUUCAAACACAAGAACAACCGGACCAGGGAGGGACUCUGCGUCUGCCUCGUCUCCACCCUCAACGUCUUCGGCUCUCAGAGUCUCACCCUCAGCAGGAUCGUGCCUCACAUCUGUCACCUGCUGGGAGACCCCGCCAGCCAGGUGCGUGACGGAGCCAUGAGCUGCCUGGUGGAGAUCUACCGCCACGUGGGCGAGCGCGUGAGGAUGGAUUUGGGGAAGAAGGGUCUUCCUCAGUCCCGGCUCAACGUCAUCUUCAGCCGGUUCGACGAGGUCCAGAGGUCGGGGGCCAUGGUCCUGUCCCCGCUGCCCGACAAGAACCUGGAGGACGACGACUCCGGCGGCCGCUCCUCCUCGUCCUCCUCCAGAGGGAAGAAGGCGGUGAGCAUGGGGUCGGCCCGACGCCCCGCCCCCUUGCCAGGCGCCAGGUCUGCAGGCCGCGACGCCGCCGGAGCCGUGGAGCAGGAGGACUUCGCCCAGGGCUUCCAGGACGUCCCCCUGCUGCAGAUCUCCUCCAACAGGGAGGUGGAGGAGGCCAUGGCGAGGAUCCGGGACGUGCUGUCGGACGACAAGCGGGACUGGGAGCUCCGGGUGGCGGCGCUGAAGAAGGUGCGCUCGCUGCUCCUCGCCGGCGCCGCCGACUUCGACGGCUUCCCGCAGCAGCUGCGUCUCACGGAGGCGGCGCUCAAGCUGUCGGCCAAAGACCUCCGGUCUCAGGUGGUGAGGGAGGCCUGUCUCACCCUCGGACACCUGUCGGCGGUGCUCGGCGGACACUUCGACCACGCGGCGGAGACCGUGAUGCCGACGCUCCUCAGCCUCCUGGCCAACAGCGCCAAAGUGAUGGCCUCCUCCGGCACCUCGGCCAUCCGCCUCAUCCUGAAGCAAACCCACUCCCCGCGUCUCGUCCCCAUCAUCACCAGCAGCUGCAGCUCCAAGUCUGUGGCGGUCCGGAGGCGCUGCUUCGAGUUCUUGGAGCUGCUGCUGCAGGACUGGCAGAGCAGCUGCCUGGAGAGGCAUGCAGCCGUCCUAACGGAGACCAUAAAGAAGGGCGUCCACGACGCCGACGCCGAGGCUCGCUCCGUGGCCAGAAAGUGUUACUGGACCUUCCACGUCCACUUCCGGCGGGAGGCGGAGCUUCUGUUCCAGGGCCUGGAGCCCUCCUAUCAGAAGGCUCUGCAGGCUCACCUGAGGAGCGGCGACGCCUCCUCCUCUUCCUCCCAGGAGAGCAACUGAACUCCUCCUCUUCAUAGCCGCCACCACCUUGUGUGUAACUCCUCCGGAGGAGGAGGAGGAGCCAAGCCCCCCCCCUCCUCCUCCCCAGGCCCCCUCCAGCGUUCCCGUAGCGACGUGGACGUCAGCGCGGCGUCCUCCGCCCGCUGCCGGAUGCCGGCGGCGCCCUCCGCCCCGCAGGCGCCCGGCUCGCCCCGCUCGGCCUUCAGCUCGGCCUUCAGCUCGGCCUCGGCCCUCCCGCCCGGCUCCUACGCCUCGCUGGGUCGAGUUCGAACCAGAAGAACGAGUUCCGGAACCGACCCGUUGCCUAGCGACAGCCGGGGGAGGAGCCAAAGGAAAGUGGCGUCGCAUUCUCAACGUGAGCGUUUGGCCAAAACUACGUCAUGAACCGGCAGCCGCUCCGGUUCUCCCGGCCGCCUGCUAGGCUCCGCCUACGGCCGGACCCCGAGGCCGGGCGUCGGCGCCGCCCGCGGCGACCAGAGCCGACCCCGAGGUCACCGCAGCCAAGGCUGCAGCCGGGAGACCAGCCCCUCCAGGGCGGCCGCGGCCCGGAGCCGGAUCCCCCGGCCCAGCAUGAGUCAGGGCUGCAGCCGCGAGACGAGUCGUGAGAGCAGCCGUGACACCAGCCCGGCCCGCGGCUUCUCCCCGCUGGACCGGCGGUCCCAGCAGGCUCGCAUCUCGGCCUCCGUCAACGCCAUGAAGGUCCUCAACCCCGGCACCGACGCGGAGGCCGCCGUCGCCGACGCGCUGCUCCUAGGGGACUCGAGGAGUAAGCGGCGGCCCGCGAGGCGUCGGUUCGAUUCCCCGGGCGUGCACUCUGACGACGAGGCGACCAGCGACCCCUCCGGCGUGGGCUCGGAGCGUUCCCACGGCUCACGCAACGGCGGCGCGGCGCCGGGCUACCUGGACGUGGCCGAGGUGCUGAACCACUGCGCCAGCACCAACUGGACCGAGAGGAAGGAGGGGCUGCUGGGGCUGCAGGGCCUGCUGAGGGGCCACCGGGCGCUCAGCCGCGUGGAGCUGAAGAGGCUCUGUGAGAUCUUCACACGCAUGUUUGCAGACCCGCACAGCAAGAGGGUCUUCAGCAUGUUCCUGGAGACCCUGGUGGACUUCGUCUCCCUGCACCGGGAGGAGCUUCUGGAUUGGCUCUUCGUGCUGCUCACCCAGCUGCUGAAGAAGAUGGGGGCGGAGCUUCUGGGCUCGGUCCAGGCCAAAGUCCAGCGGGCCCUGGACGUCACCAGGGAGUCCUUCCCCUCCCAGCUGCAGUUCACCAUCCUGAUGCGGUUCAUCGUGGACCAGACCCAGACCCCCAACCUGAAGGUGAAGGCGGCCACGCUGCGCUACAUCGCGGCGCUGGCCCGCCAGAUGGACCCGGCCGACUUCGUCAACUCCAGCGAGACGCGGCUCGCCGUCUCCCGGGUCAUCACCUGGACCACCGAGCCCAAGAGCGCCGACGUCCGCAAGACCCUUCACAGCUGGGCGGGGGAGGACGUGUCCGGCCGGCCCACCGGGGACAACCUGGAGGAGAGGUGCAAGCAGGCCGCCCAGGUGGUCCUCAUCUGCCUCUUUGAACUCAACACUCCAGAGUUCACGAUGCUUCUCGGCGCUUUGCCCAAAACAUUCCAGGACGGCACGACGAAGCUGCUGCACAGCCACCUGAGGACCGCCAGCAUGAACAUGGCUCCCAGCGCCCGGACCAGUAGAACCAGCAGCCUGCGCAGCCCGCUGCCCCCCCCCCCCAGCUGCUCCCAGGGGGGUCUUCCUCCCAGUCGGCUGUGGAGCGCAGACGGGCUCUCCAAAUUCCCUAUUCCACCUUUCCCCUCCCCCCUUCCUCCACCCACCGUUGUGAGGUCAGCGUACUCACCCAGCACGCUGGACAACGACAGCGAGAACCUGAAGUCGGAGGAGAUCUCCAGCUCGCUCAGGGGCGUCACCGAGGCCAUCCAGACCUCCAGCUGCCACAGCCAGGAGGAGGUGAAGAGGGAGCCGGCCUUCGGGGCGUCGUGGGACAGCGGCGUGGCGGUGGGCGCUCGCCCGGCGCUGCUCAACACGCCGCCGCCGCGCUCCUUCGCCGCGCCGCGCUUCCGUGACUACAACCCGUACAACUACACGGACGCCCUGGAGCAGGAGGCGCUGAAGGAGGCGCAGCUCGACGACGACGAGGAGACGCCGCGAGACGGCGGCCAACAGGACAACAGGAGCCCCCGGAGCUUCCCAGCGAGCCCCUCGGAGCAGCUGGCGCUGGUCGGGGAUCUCCUGAAGGAGGUCUCCCAGGGCCAGGCGGGGGGCCGCGGCCCCGAGGAGCGCCGGGGGACCCUCCUGGAGCUGCUGAAGGCGGCCCGCGAGGACAGCCUGGUGGUCUGGGAGGAGCACUUCAAGACCACGCUGCUGCUGCUGCUGGAGACGCUGGGGGACCAAGACCACACCAUCCGGGCGCUGGCCCUGCGGGUCCUGAAGGAGGUCCUGAGGACCCAGCCGGGCCGCUUCAAGAACUACGCCGAGCUCACGGUCAUGAAGACGCUGGAGGCCCACAAGGACUCGCACAAGGAGGUGGUGCGCGCGGCGGAGGAGGCGGCCUCCACGCUGGCGACCUCCGUCCAGCCGGAGCAGGUCAUCAAGGUGCUGAGCCCCAUCGUGCAGACGGCCGACUACCCCGUGAACCUCGCCGCCAUCAAGAUGCAGACCCGCGCCAUCGAGCGCACGGCCAAGGAGGCGCUGCACCUCCUGCUGCCGGACCUGGUCCCCGGGCUCCUGCAGGGCUACGACAACACGGAGAGCAGCGUGAGGAAGGCCAGCGUCUUCUGCCUGGUGGCCGUGUACUCCGUGAUGGGGGAGGAGCUUAAGCCCUACCUGGCUCAGCUGACCGGCAGCAAGAUGAAGCUGCUCAACCUCUACAUCAAGAGAGCUCAGACCUCCACCAGCACCAGCAGCAGCUCCUCCGACAUCUCCUCCUACUGACUCCUCACCUUACUGACUCCUCACCCUACUGACUCCUCCUCCUACUGACUCCUCACCUUACUGACUCCUCCUCCUACUGACUCCUCACCCUACUGACUCCUUCUCCUACUGACUCCUCCGUCUCCACUUAUGUCCAGAAUCAUUUCAAUCCUCUCUGGAGAAACUCUACGCAAACACCUCCAGAGAGCGUCGUGUCUACGAGGAGAAACCCUCUGACCCUUAUCAGUUCAUCUAAAAACUCUUUCAUAUAUAUAUAUUUAUACAUAUAUUUAUAUUAGGGCUGUGAAAUGAUUAACAUUUGUAAUCAGGUUAAUCCCAGGUUUCUGUGGAUUAAUCACAUAUAUACAUUUAUACACAGGGGUGCACAUAACUUGCUCACCAGUGUGCGCGCAUCGGGGGGGGGGCGCGGAGACGGAGAUCGGAGUCGUGUUAACGCGGCACUAGAGACAGAAUGACAUGCUGCUGGUUAGAGACGACCAACAACAGACGGAUUGGAAGCUCAUUCUGCGCAUGCGUUAAAUGCGUUAAAAAAUUAACGAAUUAAUCCUGUAAUUUAAUCAUAACGCGUUAACGCGUUAUUUUUCACAGCACUAAUUUAUAUAUAAAUAUAUGUAUAAAUAUAUAUGUAUACAAAUAUAAAUAUAUAAUUAUAUAUACAAAUAUAUAUUUAUAAAUUUAUAUUUUCUAUAUUUUUUUAUUUAUACAUAUUUAUAUAUAAAAAUAUAUAUAUUUUGAUAUAUAUAUAUAAACUAUAUCACCUCUCAUGCGUGUGCCGACAAGUAUAAUUUUAGUCUUUUUAGGUUUUUAACUCUUAAUCUAUACAACAAAAAAUACAUUUUAUUAAGUUUCAUCACCAGAUUUAAAUGAUGUGAUCAUUUUAAUGUAAUAUCUGAAUAAAACAUCUAAUUAUAUUUAUCAUAUAAACACAACAUUAUCUUUUGAGUAUUUAUAUCUAUUUUAUCCAUUUAAUUCAUUUAUAUAAUUAUUACAAUUUAAAUAAAUAUUUAUUAUGCUUGCCUUUCCUAAUCCUGACAAUUAACAUAAAGCUGACUUUCACAUUGUGAUAUCAUUUGAACACAUAUGCAUAACACUAUUAAGAAUACUUAAAUCACAUAUUUAUAUCACUUAUUUAGAGACUAAUUGUUUUAUAAUGGGACCAAACACACAAUACAAAUAUUAAGAUGUUUUUAUUGUAAAGAAAAGUAGAUAUUAAAUAUGUUUUCUUUGUCAAAGUAAUACAAAAUUAUCUUUAAUUUCAAUUUCUUUGACAAACAUUGAUGGAUUUAAAAGGAAAUGCAUCUAUAUUUAUAUAUUUAAAAGGUUUAAUCUGCGAGUUCCUUUCUAAAUACUGUAAAAUAAAUACACAGAUGUGUGUAUUACGACAGUUCUAAAGUCCCCUGAAGGUCUCAGAAAUGUGACUUCGGUCCUAAAUAUAAUGUUGACCUUUGAAAUGUGAAAUAUUGACUUCAAUCUGACAAUCUGAGUAAAUAUUAAAAUGAAGGAAAACGAUCUUUAGCAAUAAAGUUCAUGUGGAACACUGUAAACUCAGCGCUGCGUUCAAGUGCACUCGUGUUUUUAAAUGAAAUGUAACUGCUGCUUCUUCCAACUAACAAACGCCUGACUCCUCCUGUGGGGCUAAACUCCACCCGCCCGGCACGCCAGGGCAGCGACACUAAGCGCUUCCUAUGAACUUUAAAGCCUGAAACCACUCGUGUGAAUGUGGAGCUGGACAUUAUGUUCUUUAAUAAUCUGUUGUUGUUUAUUUAUGUUUAAAGUGACCGAAAGUAGGUUCAGAUUAGUCAGAUCAAACGGUGCGUUCACUUGCUCCUCGGACAAUCCUGUUUUCACGAGUCUGAUGCUUCUGCAACUCGUUGCGGGUCUCGUUUUUCCCGGUGUUCCAACACCACGUGAAUGCAGCACGACCCCCGCGACGCUAUCAAAUGUGUCAAUCAAGUUUGAUUAAUUAUACACAAAUUAACAAUAAUAAUGUAUUGAUUCAUACAUUAGUUGUGAGAUCUGCCGCUAAAUUAAAAAAAUUCACAUUUAAAAUCUCACUUUGAACUGAACUAAAUAUUUAUUUAUAACAUACAGACGAGACAAAAGAGGCUAGCUGUUCCCCCCGUUUCCAGUGUAUGCUAAGCUAAGCUAGGCUAGGCUCCAGGCCUUCCUCCUCCUCUCAGCCUGCUCGUGGAGCUUCAUCUCUGGACUGAAUGUUCCGCAUGUGUGCCUCCUCACGACGUGCUUCUCUCUGCAUGGCUCCUGUACCACUCGUUGUAGCUCACACUACACUAUAUUUAUGUUUUACUGUGUGUGUGUGUGUAUAUAUAUAUUAUAUAUUUACAUGUUUAGAGAACUUGAAAUAAACCGUCAGACUUCUA